CCGCAUUUCAAGGAAUAUAGCCAGCCUGAAAUAAUGUUGGGAAAUAAUGUGUGAAACAGAUUUUGAAGAAAGUAAUGUAAGCUUUACGGUUUUAAAUCACACGGCUCAAAUUUCUGCUUCCUCAUCCCCAGUCACUGGACAUCGGUAGCCGACUUGCCCGGCUUGCUAGCCCGCAGACCUUCCCAAAAUCUCUGCUCCAGAAUCAAGGAUUUCAUCAGUUUUUUCUUCUUAUAACGCUUUACGAAAGCUACUCAGCAUCAAACGGAACCGACCCGAGCAUCUGUCUCCGGGUUGCUCUCAUAACACUAAAGCUAUGACCUGCUAGUCCUCUACUGCAGAUCUGACCGCUAGGAGCUAGCAUCCUCUGGAGUUGGAUGGACCUCUCACAGCAUCCCUGCCGCCGGGGAGGCGUUCAAACCCGUCCUGCUGCUGCUUCACUGGAAUGCUAACUAACGAGGAAGCGGCUUUAACAUGACGAGGAACAAUUUGCCUAUCAACCGCUGCAAGCUUUUAGGUGCUUCACAGACAUUUUUUAGAUGCCAAAUGUAAUGACCGUCCCGAGCUCGCACCAUGUACGUGGCUGCCCGUGUCUGUCUCCAGCCUCGCGGAUGACACUCACACAGGUACCGGCGUUUCAGAGCGAACAGCGGCGGCGCUGAUAACACCGUGUUGAGAGACUAGCGCCAAAGCUAGGAGGCUUACAGCACAAGAUAUAACCCCUAAACAACACCAAUGGUAUCCCAUAAGGUUUUAGUCGCAAUAAUCCUAUUAAAUGUGUAUAUAGGUGUACAGUCUGUUUUUUACUUUUUCGGCGGGGUCCUUUUGACGGGGUUGUUUGCUAUGGCAUAUUUGAAUGGACCCAGGCUGCUGGACUGGGCGAGUUCACCCCCUCAUCUUCAGUUCAACAAAUACGUCCUAACGGGAUACCGGCCAAGCUCCUCUGUGCAAGACUGCAUCAGAAGCCUGUUCUACCUGCACAAUGAACUUGGGAACAUAUACACUCACGGCAUCCCUUUGGUGUGCUUCCUGGUGCUGCUGCCGCUCAACAUCCCCUGGUCUCAGAUCAGUGUCACGUGGCUGGGUGUGGUGCACUUCCUGGCCUGCCUGUCGCCUCAGCUGGGCUCUGUGCUCUACCACCUCUUCAUGAACCACGAGGGGGGGGAGCCCGUCUACCACACCCUCCUCAAACUCGACGUGUGUGGAAUCUGCAUGAUCAACACGUUGGGGGCGCUUCCCAUUGUCUACAGCACGCUGCUGUGCUACCCGUUCAUCCGCACUGUGGCCCUGUUAGUCUACAUCCUGCUGUCCAGCCACGCCAUCUACUGCGCCGUCACUGCGCGGAGCAGCAUCCUCCGCCUGCGCUCCUUUGCCUGGCAGGCGCUGUUCCGCUUCUCCUUCUUUCUCCUGCGCGGGGUGGGCAUGGGUGGCGGUAGCCCCACCUCGCUACGCCACUUCCUCAUGAUGGAUGUGCUGGCCGUGCUGGGCGGGGUCAUCAACAUCACACGCAUUCCGGAGCGUUUCCGCCCCGGCCUCUUUGACUACUGGUGCAACAGCCACCAGAUCAUGCAUGUACUGGUGGUAGGCUCCAUUCUCUACCUGCACUGGGGUGUGCUGGACGACCUGCUGUGGAUCAACAGCUACAACUGUCCCUCAGACUGACCCCCCCUGCUGACCCCACCCCAUCACAAGGAGCACUAGGAUCUAAGGUUCAAGGACCUCUGAGGGGAGGGGGGUGUUUGCGUAGGGGAGGGGGAGGAGGGGUCAUCAGGGGGAACUAAUGCAGCGAGGUGUUGUACGUGCAUGUGUUCACCUCAUGCACUUAAAUUCAGAAUGUUCAUAUCUACAUCCAUCUAGGUACUUUGUGCCAAUGCAGGCUAAAGUAUGUCAAGUUACAUGCACAAGCAUUUUGACUCUGUGUCUUUUCGUAAACAUGGACACACAGGUGUCUACGGACACACACAUAAACACACUUACAUACACACAUACAAACACAGGUGUAUACGGACAAACACACUUACACACACAAUGGUACAUUUUAAACACUAAAUAUACGGACUGAGUAUUGAAAACUAUGACGUCUUAAUUAAAGGUUCUAGUAAAGGUUAGGCUGAGUUUGAAGCCUUAGCCUAAUAACAGAAGUUUUACUAAAGCAUUAGUUAGUUUGGUUGGUGAAGACGGUUCUAGGCUUGAAAAUAUCACAUGCUCAGUCCUCUCAGAUGUCACUGUUGCUACCUAUGCAGCACAUCUAUAUGUCAUGCACAUCACACAUGCAACACACACUCUCAGACAACCUCACACUUUUUUUUUUUAUACUACAUGUAUAUACUGUUAGUGCCGCACAAAGCACUCAUAGAGUUUCACUACGUCCAACUGACAGAGUUUUACUGGACUGGUUCUUCUGUCCCUGUUUACUUGUUUUUUUGCCACUGCCUCUUUUUUCCUGUGUCGGUCUGAUUUGUCAGUAAUGUCAAAUGAUGACGAGGAAAUGAAGAUAGGUGCGGGGGUUCAUUCCUGAGGUUGCUAGCAUGUUAACAGUUCACUUGCUUUAGGCGGCACGUGACUCGUGCACACAUUUUAAAACUGUGUUGUUCAGAGGCAUUAUUGUUCACCAAAUUUGCUUUGGCGACUAAGCAAAGUCCUAUUUAUUGGUUUACAUUUGUAGGAAUCUCCCAUUGUAAGGACGAUUGUAACCACUAUUUAUAUUUAUUGAAGUUGAGGUUUUAUAACUUUGAAGUUAUAAGCUGCGUUCAAAUCUUUUAUGUACAUUUGUUCUGUAGAAGAGAGAUAUGAACAGGCACUAUGAUGAUAAAUAUCACACUGAAAUGCCACGAUAUAUAUAUAUACGUAAUUACGUAUAUAUAUCACUGAAAGUUAAAGGAAAGUUACAUUUCCAUAUUUUGUUGAUUGUAAUUGUUAAAGGAGAGGUGUCAUGGCCAUUUCCACUGAUCAUAAUUCCAUUGUUGAGGUCUACUAAAAUAGAUUUA